AUGGGCCUGGAGUUCAAGGAUGGUAAGGAGGGUAAGACGCCACUUAUUUUGGCUGUAGAAUGGGGCGAGGAGGCGGUGGUCAAGCUACAGCUUAAUGCGGGAGCUAAACUAGAGUCUAAGGAUAAGCACGGCCAGACGGCGCUUUCAUGGGCUGCGAAGAAGGAGCACCAGGGGUUAGUUCAAUUGCUGUUUGAUAUGGGCGCCCACCCACCUAGGGAUGACGUCGUGACAGAAGUUAUGGCUCUCAUAGAGUUCUAUCGCAACGAGAGAAAGAGUAGGAUGAGUAGCGUGUGA